GCUAAGGUGUGCGCAGCCGCCUUUUCGGCUCCACCUUUCGGCGCUCGGCUCGGUGCACACACACACACCCCCGGGGUGGAUGGUACGGGCCUGGCCCCCUCAGGCUCCCCUCCCGCACCGGGUCCGAGUGGUACGCGCCCCCCCGGUGCAGACGCGGAACUGGCGCCCGCUGGCCGUGGCGCCGCGCGGGGGAGCGACGGGCGCCCCGCUGCCUGCCGGGGGCCGUGCGGCGGUCCGGUGGGUCCCCGAGGCGCGGGAGGUAGAUAAUAUCAGAAUUCCUCCUGGGAUCGAUGACUUCCUGCUUGAAGUUUCUCUGAAAUGAACUGGUGAAUUGGAACCAUGGUGCAAAAGAAGAAGUUCUGUCCUCGGUUACUUGACUAUCUCGUGAUCGUAGGGGCCAGGCACCCGAGCAGUGACAGCGUGGCCCAGACGCCAGAGCUGCUGCGGCGAUACCCGCUGGAGGAUCAUGCCGAGUUCCCCCUGCCCCCGGAUGUCGUGUUCUUCUGCCAGCCGGAGGGCUGCCUGAGCGUGCGGCAGCGGCGCAUGAGCCUGCGGGACGACACCUCCUUCGUCUUCACCCUCACGGAUAAGGACACCGGAGUCACACGUUAUGGCAUCUGCGUCAACUUCUACCGCUCCUUCCAGAAACGGAUGCCUAAGGAAAAGGGCGAAGGCAGGACAGGGUCCCGAGGGAAGGAAGGGGCCCGAGCCACCGGGGCCCCGGAAGAGGAUGUCCCAGAGAGCUCGGAGAGUGGCCCGUCCCUGCAGCCUCCCAGUGUCAGCCCCACCCCCGAUGUGACCCAGUCCCCGAGGGCCAAGCGCCGGGCCAAGGGCGGCAGCCGGUGCCGCAAUAGCACCCUGACGUCCCUGUGCGUGCUCAGCCACUACCCUUUCUUCUCCACCUUCCGCGAGUGUCUCUACACCCUCAAGCGGCUGGUGGACUGCUGCAGUGAGCGACUGCUGGGCAAGAAGCUGGGCGUCCCGCGAGGCGUCCAGAGGGACACCAUGUGGCGCAUCUUCACAGGCUCACUGCUGGUAGAGGAGAAGUCGAGUGCCCUUCUGCACGACCUCCGUGAGAUCGAGGCCUGGAUCUAUCGAUUACUGCGCUCCCCAGUCCCCAUGUCUGGGCAGAAGCGAGUGGAUGUUGAGAUCCUCCCCCAGGAGCUGCAGCCAUCCCUGACCUUUGCUCUUCCGGACCCCUCUCGGUUCAGCCUGGUGGACUUUCCACUGCACCUGCCCCUGGAGCUGCUGGGCGUGGAUGCGUGUCUUCAGGUGCUGACCUGCAUCCUGUUGGAGCACAAGGUGGUGCUACAGUCCCGAGACUACAAUGCACUCUCCAUGUCCGUGAUGGCAUUUGUGGCGAUGAUCUACCCUCUGGAGUACAUGUUUCCUGUCAUCCCGCUGCUUCCCACAUGCAUGGCAUCAGCAGAGCAGCUGCUCUUGGCACCAACCCCGUACAUCAUUGGGGUCCCUGCCAGCUUCUUUCUCUACAAACUCGACUUCAAGAUGCCUGAUGAUGUGUGGCUGGUGGAUCUGGACAGCAAUAGGGUGAUUGCCCCCACCAAUGCAGAGAUGCUGCCCAUCCUACCAGAGCCAGAAUCGUUAGAGCUGAAGAAACAUUUGAAGCAGGCCCUAGCCAGCAUGAGUCUCAACACCCAGCCCAUCCUCAACCUAGAGAAGUUCCACGAGGGCCAGGAGAUCCCACUUCUCUUGGGAAGGCCGUCUUCUGACCUGCAGUCCACGCCAUCCACUGAAUUCAACCCGCUCAUCUACGGCAAUGACGUGGAUUCAGUGGACGUCGCCACCAGAGUGGCCAUGGUGCGCUUCUUCAACUCCGCCAACGUGCUGCAGGGCUUCCAGAUGCACACGCGCACCUUGCGGCUCUUCCCUCGGCCUGUGGUGGCCUUCCAAGCCGGCUCGUUUCUAGCCUCACGUCCCCGACAGACUCCCUUUGCCGAGAAACUGGCCAGGACUCAGGCCGUAGAAUACUUUGGAGAGUGGAUCCUCAACCCCACCAACUAUGCCUUCCAGCGAAUCCACAACAAUAUGUUCGACCCAGCCCUAAUCGGCGACAAGCCCAAGUGGUAUGCCCACCAGCUGCAGCCCAUCCACUACCGAGUCUACGAUGGCAACUCGCAGCUGGCCGAGGCACUGAGUGCACCGCCAGAGCGCGACUCUGACUCUGACCCCACUGACGACAGUGGCAGUGAUAGUAUGGAUUAUGAUGACUCAAGCUCUUCAUACUCCUCCCUCGGUGACUUCGUCAGUGAGAUGAUGAAAUGUGACAUCAAUGGCGAUACUCCCACAGAUGUGGACCCUCUGACGCACGCAGCGCUGGGAGAUGCCAGCGAGGUGGCAAUCGAUGAGCUGCAGAACCAGAAGGAAGUGGAGGAGCCUGGCCCCGAUGGCGAGAACUCUCAGGAAAACCCUGCCCUGCGCUCCAGCUCCAGCACUACUACCAGCAGCAGCCCCGGCACCGUCAUCCAUGGAGCCAACCCCGAACCUGCUGACUCUGAGGAGAUGGAUGACGAGGCAGCCGUCAGUGUCCCCAAGCCCCUGUCUCCCAGGCCUCCCAGCCUCGGCAGAGCAAGCUCGGACCGGCGGCAGCCAGAGGCUGGAGAGGGGUCAGUGUGCCGGCGAGCCUGUGACAGCCCCUACUCGGAGCCCCAGUAUGGCCUUCCCCCUGAGGAGGAGGAGGAGGAGCAGGGGGAAUGGUACACUCCCUGCUUCAGCCAGCAUGUGGAUGGCAGUCGGGCUCAAAAGCUGCUGCGGCCCAACAGCUUGAAACUGGCGAGUGACUCGGACGCAGAGUCAGACUCCCGCGCGAGCUCCCCCACCUCCACCGUCUCCAACACCAGCACCGAGGGCUUCGGGGGCAUCAUGUCGUUCGCCAGCAGCCUGUACCGGAACCACAGUACCAGUUUCAGCCUUUCAAACCUCACGCUGCCCACCAAAGGUGCCCGAGAGAAGACCACACCAUUCCCCAGUCUGAAAGUAUUUGGGCUAAAUACUCUAAUGGAGAUUGUUACUGAAGCCGGCCCCGGGAGUGGCGAAGGCAACAGGAGGGCUUUAGUGGACCAGAAGUCGUCUGUGAUUAAACAUAGCCCGACAGUGAAAAGAGAGCCUCCAUCUCCGCAGGGCCGGUCCAGCAAUUCUAGCGAGAACCAGCAGUUCCUGAAGGAGGUGGUGCACGGCGUGCUGGACGGCCAGGGCGUGGGCUGGCUCAACAUGAAGAAGGUGCGCCGGCUGCUGGAGAGCGAGCAGCUGCGGGUCUUUGUGCUGAGCAAGCUGAGCUGCGCCACGCAGUUGGAGGAUGAGGCCCGGCCGGAUGUCAUCCCAGAUGUGGAGAUCAGCCGGAAGGUGUACAAGGGCAUGUUGGACCUGCUCAAGUGCACAGUGCUCAGCCUGGAGCAGUCCUACGCCCACGCGGGGCUGGGCGGUAUGGCCAGCAUCUUUGGGCUCCUGGAGAUCGCGCAGACCCACUACUACAGCAAAGAGCCAGACAAGCGGAAGAGAAGCCCCACAGAGAGUGUAAAUACCCCAGUUGGCAAGGACCCUGGUCUGGCUGGGCGGGGGGACCCAAAGGCUAUGGCCCAGCUGAGAGUCCCCCAGCUGGGACCUCGGGCACCAAGUGCCACAGGAAAGGGUCCCAAGGAACCGGACACCAGAAGUUUAAAGGAGGAGAAUUUUGUAGCAUCUGUUGAAUUGUGGAACAAGCACCAGGAAGUGAAAAAGCAAAAAGCUUUGGAAAAACAGAGGCCAGAAGUAAUCAAGCCCGCCUUUGACCUUGGUGAGACAGAGGAGAGAAAGUCCCAGAUCAGUGCAGACAGCGGCGUGAGCCUGACUUCUGCUUCCCAGAGGACUGAUGGAGACUCUGUCGUCGGCAUGAGUCCGGCUGUCCUGAUCCGCAGCUCAAGUCAGGAUUCUGAAGUCAGCACCGCGGUGAGUAAUAGCUCUGGAGAGACCCUCGGAGCAGACAGCGACCUGAGCAGCAACGCAGGUGAUGGACCAGGUGGCGAGGGCAGUGCCCACCUGGCCAGUUCUCGGGCCACUUUGUCUGAUAGUGAGAUUGAGACCAACUCUGCCACAAGCUCCAUCUUUGGUAAAGCCCACAGCUUGAAGCCAAAGGAGAAGCUGGUGGGCAGCCCGGUGCGCUCUUCCGAGGAUGUAAGCCAGCGAGUCUAUCUCUACGAGGGACUCCUAGGAAGGGACAAAGGAUCGAUGUGGGACCAGUUAGAGGAUGCUGCUAUGGAGACCUUUUCUAUAAGCAAAGAGCGUUCUACUUUAUGGGACCAAAUGCAGUUCUGGGAAGAUGCGUUCUUAGAUGCUGUGAUGUUGGAGAGAGAAGGCAUGGGGAUGGACCAGGGUCCCCAGGAAAUGAUCGACAGGUACCUGUCCCUGGGAGACCAUGACCGGAAACGCCUGGAGGACGAUGAGGAUCGCCUGCUGGCCACACUCUUGCACAACCUCAUCUCCUACAUGCUGCUGAUGAAGGUGAACAAGAACGACAUCCGGAAGAAGGUGCGCCGCCUGAUGGGGAAGUCCCACAUCGGGCUCUUGUACAGCCAGCAGAUCAACGAGGUGCUUGACCAGCUGGCAACCCUGAAUGGACGUGAUCUCUCUAUCUGGGCCAGCGGCAGCCGGCACAUGAAGAAGCAGACGUUUGUGGUCCAUGCGGGGACAGACACCAACGGAGAUAUCUUUUUCAUGGAGGUGUGCGAUGACUGCGUGGUGCUGCGUAGCAAUAUCGGGACGGUGUACGAGCGCUGGUGGUAUGAGAAGCUCAUCAACAUGACCUACUGUCCCAAGACCAAGGUCUUAUGCUUGUGGCGCAGAAAUGGCUCCGAGACACAGCUCAACAAGUUCUAUACUAAGAAGUGCCGGGAGCUGUACUACUGUGUGAAGGACAGCAUGGAGCGCGCAGCUGCCCGCCAGCAGAGCAUCAAGCCCGGGCCUGAGCUGGGCGGCGAGUUCCCCGUGCAGGACAUGAAGACUGGCGAGGGUGGCUUGCUGCAGGUCACCCUGGAAGGGAUCAACCUCAAGUUCAUGCACAACCAGGAGCGGAAGGUUUUCAUAGAGCUGAAUCACAUUAAAAAGUGCAAUACAGUUCGAGGCGUCUUUGUCCUGGAGGAAUUUGUUCCUGAAAUUAAAGAAGUGGUGAGCCACAAGUACAAGACACCAAUGGCCCACGAGAUCUGCUACUCUGUGCUGUGUCUCUUCUCCUACGUGGCCGCCGUCCGUAGCAGCGAGGAGGACCUCCAGACACCACCCCGGCCCGUCUCGAGCUGACCGAGAGGGACAGGCUGCCAUCCGGCCCGGGGACGCCCCUCUCCCACCACUGCCGAUGCAGUGGGUGGCUCCCGCCUGUGUCCUGUGAGCCCCCACGUGGCUUAGCUGGCUCCUGCUUGUCCCUGAGCGUGUCCUUGCCUCUGUCUUCAGGCUGUGGUGCUCGCUUCCCCCUUCCCUCUCUGCUUCCCCAGAGGCCAGCCUGCCGUACCCCGGGCUCGGGACAGCCUGGGUUCAUGGGACCAGCGUGAGUCCCCAUUGAGUGUCCUUUGACAUUGUGCAGUUCUUUGGCCUUGGCCUCGUGACACUCCGGGAAGGAGCCCGGCUCUCUGUCCUCUGUGAUCUGCAGUCCCUGAGAUCUGUGGGCUGGGGGCCGGAAAGGAAGGCAAGCAGCUGGCAGAGUGGGGACCUCCCUGCCUCCUCCUCAUGGCCCCAGCUUGCUGUGUCUGCGGCCGGAGCGCAGUCUCCCUAUGGAGCGACAGGCCAGUGGUUGGGGGUGACGGAGCCCCUGGGAUGCUGGCUGCUCUGAGGAGGGGUGGGACAGGGCCCAUCUGAGGCCAGGUCUCCUGGUACCUGGAGACAGCCUGGUGCGGAUGACUGUAAAUAUUUCAGCUCCACAUUAUUUAUAGAAUAUGUACAGCUGCGUGAAUGUGAAAUAAAGGUCCUUAGUUCCCUUGGG